AUGAGGAGGCGGUUGCCCGGGGUUCGGACGUCCCCAGCGCGCCUGCCAGAGAAAGUGCAGCGGAGGAGGAAGAAGCGCCCCCCGCGGGUAUAUAAGGACGACGGCCCUCAGGCGCACCCACUUCCCGUCAGCAAACACACCCCUCCCGAGGUCCGUUCAGCGCACCGCCAGGCCACAAGCGCUCCGAUGUUCCGCAAGGCGAUGCUGGUGCUUGCGACGGCGGCUGCUGUGACGGCCCAGGCCGGGUUCUCCGGCAUCCAGGCGUUCGGACCGUUCGCCGCCGCGCUCAUGGGUCAGCACGGCGGGCUUCAGCAGCCGCAGCAGCUGCAGCCACAGCUGCAGCAGCCACAGCAGCAGCCGGGCGAGCUCCCUCCCGGGCUGGCGCACCUGCAGCUGCAGCUGAGCCAACUCCUGCAGCAGCAGCAGCAGCAGCAGCAGCAGCAGCAGGUCUCGGCCGGGUACUACCCGGGCGCGGCGCAGUCCUUCACGGCGAGGUUCCCCUCAACGGGCGCGCCGACGCUUGCCCCCAGGCCCGCCCCCGGGCCCGCCCCCGGACCCGCCGCCCCCGCCGCCCCCGCCCAGAGCCUGCUGGGCGUUGCCUUCUCCCCCGCCAACACGGCGUCGCAGCUCAGAUUCAGCGGCUUCGGCGCCAACUACUCCUACUAGCGGCACCAACGGGACGUGUUCGAACGAGGACGCAUCCGUGUCACGGGCCCGGAACGAAGAAACAAACCUAUAGGUUCGCCCGAUCCGUAGACACCGGAAAAAAUUCCCCGGAUUCAUUUCGUGAUGGGCUGAAAUUCAAACACGUGUGCACAAUUCUGCUGGUUCUGCUAUAUCGGCUCGCGGUUUAACUUGAAUCUCUCUGGGCCAAUGAGAGACGAUCGACCAAAGAAGCGUCGAAUCGCAAUCCACCCAGUGGAGACGACUCGCAAUUUAGUGACCAAUGAACACGCGUGUUUACUUGAGAAGUGCAGAGGAUAAUGGAGGCUAUCCUAGAGGUCAUUGAAUGCGCGAAUUUUUCCGGUCCCUACCGAUCCGAUAUAAUUAGAGUCCCGGAAAUUUCGCGGAUUCCUCUGGCCUCAGGGAUAGAAAUUCAAAGUUAUAGGUGUGCUCGACCCGUGUUUUACUUUUCCCCCCCAUCGGAUGAUUUCUUAGCGAGAGAAACAUUUUUUUUUAUCCUCGUCAUUUGGCACACUGACUACCUGAUUGGCUUACUUCUCUCCUAGCUGGACGUCGUUGGCUCACGGUCGUAGAGGGGCGUGUCCAGAUGAACUGCGGUCCAAUCACGAACACAGUGCGACAGUGUUGAGGUUUGCAUUCUAGCUUGCGACUGAAUGAAUGUGCGAAAGUUCCGUGGCUCUAGAUAUGAUAACCAAAUUAAAUUUCAAUCCGGCGAUUACCCGUUAACACCUACGAUGUCAAAAAUAGAAUUCACCUUAAACUAUCCAAGCAUCUUCCUAGAUGUACGGGUACAAAGUUCUUAUUCGUUGAACAUUAACCCACAUUUGAAAGAGAGAAAAAAAAAGUAUUAUAAACAUGUUCAAAUCUCAUAAAAAAAAACACAUUAUAUCUUUCACUUGUGUGUUCAGUUUUUUUUUUUUUUUUACACCGAAACACAGAAUUCCGAAGUUGAAAUAUGACGUAGUUUCUACGAAGAACUACAAAUUUUUCUGACGUUACGAAGCGCUCUACAGUGAAGGUCUAUACCCAACGCCGGCUGGGUAAUGUUAAGUGUUGCGUCAAUUUUUGAGCACGUUAUGUUAUGUUGUUAAGGUAUCAAUUGAAUAGAGUUAUCAAUCAUUUUUGGGAUUUCUAACAUCACCCGGUCAGCUGUUGUUAGACAUAGGUGUAUACGGGUAUAUGCUGAAUUAAAAUUAGUUUAGCUUUUAGUGGAACUUUACCCAACGAACUUGGACCGUGCAAAAUUAAACAUCGGGUAAACCUAGGUUUACUUCUUCUUCUAGCAUUACCCGUAACAUAUGUACCAUCAGAGGCGUAAGACACUAUGACCCUUAUGGGCAAAAUGUACUUUUAACCGUAAACAUAACCACCGUUUGACGUACAUUCUAGUGGCAUAUGCAACACCAAGAUCUGCGAUAUUUGAAAUUUAACAUAUUUUGGGUAGACAAUGUGAGGUAGUAUUUAAAAUUCUUUAAACUGCUCUCAUGAAACAUAUUGGUUAUGUGACACAGUGUCUUAUGCCUCCGAGGUUAAUGACAUAGGAACCGUAACACCCCAUCUUUGUUCCAACAUUUUUUUAAAAUUCUGUAACAAUUUUAAAUCAUUUAAAAAAUAUAUAUUUCUUUAAACAUACAAUAAUAUUUUAGUGUAAUGCCUGAAGUCAGUAGCGACCGGCUGCUACAAAUAGUUUUUCUAUGUGAAUUCAUUGGCGUUUAGUAUUGAAUUAUUAUGUUGAUAAUUAAUACUGUUAACAGACACAGUGGUAUGGAAUUUAAAAAUCCCUUAACGAUUUAAAAAUCACUUAACGAAGACAAAUUUUCAAUAUUAAACGUUAAAAACAAAAAUUAAGAUGGCGCAAAGACUUUUGAAUCCAAUAAUUUAGCGCAUUGGUUUCAACAACGGCUGAUAAUUUGCCGAAACCAUUGGUUUUUAGUUCAUUUCCAGUUAUCAUCUUCACGAGUCCACUUUAUUUUUACCAGUCUCAGAAAAGCCUCACGGCAAAUGCUGGUUAAUAAACAAUAAAAAAUAAUUAUGACCUUUAGCCUGUGGAACCAAUGAUGGGGUCUCUCGGUGUAUUAUCUCUCCUCGUUAAGAUUGCGUGAGUUUUAAAGAGCAAACCUGUCACGUGUGGUACAAAUACAUCUGUACAUAUUAAUAUUUAUUGUACUGAAUGAAAUACUCUUUACAAUGCAGAUCUGAAUUGUAUGAAGCAAGGUUUUUUUUUUUGUAAUUUAAAAUAAAUUUAUUCUGAUGAUUUUUUUUACUCUUUCUAAA